UGUGCGCGGGGCAGCGCAGCGCGGAGCCGCCCCCGCCGCCCGGCAGCCUCAGCCCCGCUCCAUGGGCAGCCGGACGGCACCGGCCGCCCGCCGCCUCUGAGCCCGCCCGCCCGCCCGCCCGUCCGGGGAAUGCGCAGCGGCUGCCCGGCUAAAAGGAGAGCCGGGACAUGGUGCCGUUCGCUCCGCUGGAGGACGCGGAGGAGCCGGAGCCCUGCCACAAAAUGGAGCUGUACGUGAGCGGCGGCGAGCUAAAUGGCCUUAAAAUGGCAGAUGAGCCUAUGGAAGAAGGUGAACCAUAUUCCUACCAUGAUGAAGGAAGUGUGAAAGAAAUUCCUAUUACACACCAUGUGAAAGAAGGAUGUGAGAAAGCAGAUCCAGCACAGUUUGAACUACUUAAAGUUCUUGGACAGGGGUCGUUUGGAAAGGUCUUCCUUGUACGGAAAAUAAUUGGUCCUGAUGCUGGGCAACUUUAUGCAAUGAAAGUAUUGAAAAAAGCUUCUUUAAAAGUUCGGGAUAGAGUUCGUACAAAAAUGGAGAGAGAUAUAUUAGUAGAAGUAAAUCAUCCAUUUAUCGUCAAACUGCACUAUGCCUUUCAGACUGAAGGGAAGCUAUAUUUAAUAUUGGAUUUUCUCAGGGGAGGAGAUGUAUUCACGCGAUUAUCCAAAGAGGUUAUGUUUACAGAGGAAGAUGUGAAAUUCUACCUCGCAGAACUGGCCCUUGCUUUGGAUCACCUUCACAGCUUGGGAAUUGUAUACAGGGACCUGAAGCCAGAAAACAUUUUGCUUGAUGAAGCAGGACAUAUCAAGUUAACAGACUUUGGACUCAGCAAAGAAUCAGUAGACCAAGAGAAGAAGGCCUAUUCUUUCUGUGGUACUGUAGAAUACAUGGCACCUGAAGUGGUAAACAGGCGAGGGCACAACCAGAGUGCUGACUGGUGGUCCUUUGGUGUUCUCAUGUUUGAAAUGCUUACUGGUACACUGCCAUUUCAAGGUAAAGAUCGAAAUGAAACUAUGAAUAUGAUACUGAAAGCAAAACUUGGAAUGCCUCAGUUCCUCAGCCCUGAAGCACAAAGCCUUCUGAGGAUGUUGUUUAAAAGGAACCCAUCAAACAGAUUAGGAGCUGGUUCAGAUGGAGUUGAAGAAAUCAAGAGACAUCCUUUUUUUUCUACUGUUGACUGGAAUAAACUGUUCAGAAGAGAAAUUCAACCCCCAUUUAAACCUGCUUCUGGAAAGCCUGAAGAUACCUUUUGUUUUGAUCCAGAAUUCACAGCGAAAACACCAAAAGAUUCUCCAGGAGUCCCACCGAGUGCCAAUGCUCAUCAGCUCUUCAAAGGAUUUAGUUUUGUUGCAACUACUACUGUAGAAGAUCAUAAAAUAUCACCACUCACCAACAUACUGCCAAUAGUACAGCAACUUCAUGGCAACAGUGCACAGUUUACUGAUGUCUAUGAACUGAAGGAAGAUAUUGGUGUUGGUUCCUACUCUGUCUGCAAGAGAUGUAUCCACGUAGCAACAAACAUGGAGUUUGCUGUGAAGAUAAUUGAUAAAAGUAAGAGGGAUCCCUCGGAAGAAAUUGAGAUUCUCAUGCGUUAUGGACAACAUCCAAAUAUUAUUACUUUAAAGGAUGUGUACGAUGAUGGUAGAUUCAUAUACCUUGUCACUGAGCUGAUGAAAGGAGGAGAGCUGCUUGAUCGCAUUCUCCGCCAGAAGUUCUUCUCGGAGCGCGAGGCCAGCGCAGUGCUGUACACCAUAGCCAAGACUGUCGACUACCUGCACUGCCAAGGGGUAGUGCAUCGUGACCUUAAACCUAGUAACAUUUUGUAUACGGAUGAUUCAAAUAAUGCUGAUUCUAUCAGGAUUUGUGACUUUGGAUUUGCAAAACAACUUCGAGGAGAAAAUGGACUACUUCUAACUCCCUGCUACACUGCAAACUUUGUUGCACCAGAGGUUCUCAUGAGGCAGGGAUAUGAUGCUGCUUGUGACAUAUGGAGCUUGGGUGUUCUUCUUUACACAAUGUUGGCAGGCUAUACUCCAUUUGCCAAUGGUCCUAAUGAUACUCCAGAGGAGAUCCUGGUACGGAUAGGCAGUGGAAAGUUCUCUCUAAGUGGAGGCAACUGGGACACAGUUUCAGAUGCAGCAAAGGACUUGUUGUCACACAUGCUUCACGUAGAUCCACAUCAGCGAUAUACAGCAGAGCAAGUGUUAAAACAUUCCUGGAUAGCCUGUAGGGACCAGUUGCCACAUUAUCAACUAAACAGGCAAGAUGCACCACAUCUAGUAAAGGGAGCCAUGGCUGCUACAUAUUCUGCACUGAACCACAAGACAUUUCAGCCAGUGUUGGAGCCUGUUGCAGCCUCAAGUUUAGCUCAGCGCCGGAGCAUGAAAAAGCUCACGUCAACAGACUUGUAGAUCCACUGGGACACCUCAGCAAACACAAGGGGAGAACCCAAAAGGUGGCUCUAUUUUUGCCUGACCUGUGAUCAAAAGGCAUCUAUGGUUUCCUGCUACACUACUUGAAUUCUGUAAAAGUCCUUUUUUUAAAAAGAAGAAAAAAAAAAAAGAAGAAUCCACAGGUUCAUACUCGGUUGUUUUACAGACCAUAUCUGUUCAAUUAAUUUAAACAUCAGGUACAACAUCAUGAAUUUCUUCACACUGUCCUUCUAAGAGAUCUGUUGCAAAUAUUAUUUCACAUUCUGUAUAGUUUUGCUGGGUUCAUUUUAAAAACAAAAUGGUUGAGGGGACCAUUGCCAAUGACCAAGUUGUACGUAAAGUGUCAGUGUGUGCUUUUUCUUUUCUUCUCACCUUUAGACCCUGUUGUGAAGGACAAGUUCUUAAUUUAGUAAUUGGGCACUUAAGUUAUUCAACUUUUUUCUUCACACCUUUAGACCCUGUUGUGAAGGAUGAGUUCUUAAUUUAGUCAUUGGGCACUUAAUUCAACUUGUUCGUAACUGUUAUGAAAAGCUGACUGAUGUAUUGUGCCAGUGUUAAUUUGGAAGGUCUGUAUUUGCAUGGUGCCAGUAUCUGAUAAAUUUGUGAAAAGACAGACAGAAGGGGUGUGUAGGACUCUGCACUUAGCCCAUAAACUUUAAUUUGAUCACUUGUAACCCAGAAGAAGUGCUGGUUGACAAAUGACCUCUUACAGGAAAACAAACAUUUCUAGUUGUUUUUAUUUACAUCGUCUAUCCCUUUGUACACUGACUAUGUUACUGUUUCCUCAGCAGUCUUUUCCACCGAAUAUACCCAAUACUAAGUUGGUUUGGCAUGUGAAAGACAAGCUGACACUUUAUUAUAACAAACUUGGCACAUGGAUUUUAUUUUUUUAUUUAUUUGGGUUUUUUUAUCCAGCGUCGCUUCUCUCGGAAUCUCUGGCCACAGGUACAAACAUUACAGAGCAUAAAUGCAAAAUUCUCUUUGCCUAACUGUAGGGGUAGCUUGGGAAAAUAAAUAAGCCUUGCAGUGUGCCCUGAUAAGGGAAUUCUGACCAAGAAGUUUCACAGUUCUGGGCAAGUUCCUGACAAUAUCCUGUGGCCAGUGCUCACUCACCCUCUCUCUCUUGGUGUCAGCACUUGAGCUGUUUCUACCUGCUGUGAUGGAGGGGAAAUGGAUUUCAGGGCCAAAUUAUCUUGGGGUUUUCUGACUCAAAACCAGUGCUAACUGCUAGUAGACAGGGAGCUAAAUGCAUUCAGAGAUUAUGAGCUUAAAAAAAAGCUGUAGACACUACUGUGCAAUUGUACUGUCAUGGUAGGAUGAUGCACACUUUAAAUAGAUAAGCAUAUUAGGAACUGACUGUGGAGAAUCCAAAUGACCAAACAUCAAAUGUAUUGUAGACUGACUUGUCAUUACUGAAUUUCCUGUAGUUACAAGACACCUGUGGUGGCAGAACUAGGUAUUUUGAGAAGGAAAAAAGGCUUUUGGGAGAAUUCUGGCCCAGCUGCAGGAGUGGCACUAGUAACUCAACUCUUAAAAGGCAGAGGGUGCUGGCUGCUUUUUGCUGAUACCUGUGAAGUACUUGGUGGCAUUGGAAGUACUAUUAGAUAAGCUGCUUUCUCUAGUUGUGGUGGGGGAAGAUGGAAAUUAUCUGGCCAGAUACUUAGGUAUGAAUAUAUGUAGACUUGAGACUUAAUGAAUAUAGCAAACCUAGGUGUGCUAUUUGUAUCAUGCAGAACAUACCCCAUACUAAAUUUCUUGAGUGUUUGGUAGAUGUUGGAAGCUUUAGGGGCUACUUGUGCCUAGUUUUGAGGUGCCUGUUUGAACUGCUUGGAAGCUUAUCAAAGAACACAGCUGCUUCCUGGGAAGCUUAUUGUUUAGUACAAAAUUUGCCCCUUAUGCAGCUUGUUCAUCCUCCUUUUCAUUACUGAAGACCUUUGCCAGCAAGAAUGUCUGUAAACCUCUAGUCUGCAGUCUGUUGGUGUAAUUUUUUUUGGUAAAUUUACAAAUGACUGCCAGAAGAAUUUGAAUUGACUCUUAGAAAGAAAAAGCAAAUCACAACAAACCCAAGUGGUGGAAAUAAAGCCCCCUUAGCCCAAGGUCAAGGUGUAAUGUGGGUUGAGGUGUAAGAACUGGAGAUAGAGGGGAAUGCAAGGUGUGGAACACAGCUACAGUGUCAAACUUGAAUUGUCUUCAGCUUUCCUGUAAGGUAGCAGCUGGUCUUUAAUGGGUUUAUUCAUGAAUCAUUUAACAGUGUUGGUGCUGGUAUUUUCUUUUAGCUUGCUUAGAAGCACCACGUUAUAAGCACCUUAAAAGCAUUUUGCACAAAAGCAGUUGUAAGCAGCUGAAGGUACUUAAGUUCCUCUCGUGGUGCAACACAAAGGUGGGAAGAGAAGUGCACAAACAAAAUGGAUAUUCUGAUUCAUAACAAAGAAUUCAAAAUAUCUUCUAGGAAGUUACCCCUGCUGGUUUUAUAUCGUGACUGGCCUUUCAUGCAAGUGGUACUUCUGGGCUAAAAGCAAGGAAAACACCUUCAUUGUAUCUGACAGUCCAGUGUACCCUGGUAUGCCAAUUUUCAUCCUUAAUUUGGAGGGAAAAGUCAACUUGCUGUAACUAGUUCACAUAUCAAUCUUUGAAACGUUUUGGUUAUGCAGGGAUACAAAAGAGUUCAUCUGUUGUUUACUCUUGGUAUUUAAUGCUCAUAUUUGUGAUACUUUUGGAAAUUCUUGCAUACUUCUCAUCCUUUUAUUUCAAACUUAGGUUUAGUGCAGUUAAGCAAUUAUGUAAAAGGCAUGUUGUGCUCAUGAGUAACCAGUUAAAUGUUUGGAAUGGAAGAGCACUUUCUCUGAACGUGCCUUUGGUUGGAGUCAGGAGUGUAAAAUGUUUCACUUCAGAUCAUCUCUGCAGGGUUCAAGGUUACAAACUUGUUACCAUCUUUCUGAUCAGCUUCUAAUCACAAAGAAAUGGGCAUGCAUACAUUGUAUUUAGAGGAAUUUCUAAUUAAUAUCUCAAAACAUGUAAUAUUUUGGGUAUAGCUGCUGUUACUGCCAGCAAAAUAGCUUCUGCUCUCCUCUUUGAUGGCAAUUAUAAGGAAGUGCUGGUCCUCAAGUCCAUGUAGAGCCCAAUGUUCACACUAAAAGGAGCAGAUUCUCACAGGUAUUGGUUGUAGCUUUCACUCAGUUCUUGGUAUCACAGCUUCUAUCUUCAGUUACCCUUCUGAUAAGAAGUGAAGAACUCUGGUGUAUUCCAUUAGGUGUCCAGAAGCUGCAGUGGCAUCCUGCUCAGCCAGAGGUGCCUGAAGAAGAGUCUCAUCAUGGGGGGGGGGGUUCAUUGGAGCCACUGUUCCCUGCCUUGUGUAGCCUCAAUGCCAUUGCCAGCAUGUUGGCUGGGUUUUUUUUCCCCUUAUACUUAAAACUAGUAAAGUCUCUUUGACCACUUGAAGAGCUUAAGGUGUAGGUUGUCUAAGCAGACCGAGGCCUCAGUUGUAUGGUUUAAAUGUUCUCCUUGCAUCCAAAACCUCACCCAAAUCCAUCAUUGUGAGCUUGAAUUCUGUCUUUAAUUUCCCAAAGCUAAUAUUCCUAUGUCCAACAGCUAAAAUUGCCUCCAGCAGACAUCAGCAAUUGGAUGUUACUUGCAUUAUACUCAUAAACUGGUCUUUUGCAGUGACAGGAUUGCUGCAUCCAGGGCUCUCUGCCCUCAAAUGUUACAAUUAAAAAGCUGAGGUAUCUUCUAAGAACUGAGUUACACAAUAGUAUAGUAAUUAUCUUGGUUUAUAUCAAUGAAAUUAGGCUAAAACAUUAAUGCAAACAUGGGUUUUAUGUACUUCUGUAGCACUUAAGUUUUUCAGUCUCAUCCAGAAUGAGAAGUUUGCAAAUACUUGUGGAAGGCGAGGAGCAGGUUUCCCUUAAAGUUUUCAGAAGGCUUCUGAAGCCAUGAUAAUAGUCUUUACAUAAUCCCAUGGAGCUCUAUGUGAUGAAAAAAAAGUUAAAAACUUUCUUUGAAAGCUUAUUCAGACACUUUCUUGGGUAUGUAUUGAUACCUGUUGGUAACACAUCUGUGCUGUCCUUCAUCCCCUGCUGUCCUCCUGCAUUAACACCCCCUUAGUUAAGGACAUUCUGGGUACUGUUUGUCUCUACUUCAGUGUACUUUUAAAUAUUUACUCCUCCAAAUGAUGCUGUCGUUGAUAAGCCUCCAUUUUCCUUUGGGAAUAGAAUAAUGAGUACAAAUUUUUACAAACCCUCACCCUUAGUGUAGAGCUAAAGCCGACUGGAGUGUUUUAAUAACUUACAGAAUUAGGAGUCACCCUCAGAAUAAUCAGUGACUGGUUUUAUUGAGAUUUUUUUCCUGUGUAAUGAAAGCAAACUUUCUUUGAAAGCUUUAGAAGGUCUUUGAUGAUGUGUCUCAAUAAUGAAGAUUUGGGCAAUAGCUUAUUACGAGUAGUGAGUUUGAAUAACACUGAAUCCUGGUUUGGGUUGUUUUUUUUAAAUGUGAGAACUGAUGAGAUGCUGGAGGUGGGUCUCCUUUGCAGGGCAGAGAGUUCCUGUCUUGUGUGGUUGGCAUCCAGCUUAGGAGCAGCAUUUGCUAAGGAAUUGCGUUGUCAUCAUAUCCCAAGCACUUUGGCAUCUUGCACUGAUUCUCUGAUUAGAGCUAAAACUCUUCUGGCACGUGACUGGUGAUCGAUCUCUCUAUGAAAGGGCAUUAAUUGAAAACAGUGUGCAAUGAAUUACAUGCUCUCUGAGGUACUUCAAAGAUGAAACUAUACAAAAAAGGUCCCCGUUAUCCGAUAUUGUAACUGUCAUUUCUCUAAGCAUAUUGUGGAUUUUGUAUCAUAUUGUAUUUAUUUCAUUUAAUUUUAAAAGAAAGAAAGAAAUGUUUUCUUUAAAGCUCUGUAUAUAUUGACAUUAAAGUUUGCAUUGUACUACGUUCUCUUCUCCUUGUAAGGCUGAAUCUGGUAGUGCAUUGUAUGGGAUGUUGUUUUUCUUUGCACUGUGCUGCUAAAAAAUACUAUUGCCUUGAAUUACGACAUGCCAAAGACAACCUCAGAAUUGUAUUUAUUUUUGUUAAACUUUGUGAAUAAUGAUAAAGGUACAGCUUUAAAUAGCUGGCAGUUCCUUGAGUUCUAGAAUAAAACGGUUGCAAAUUCAUAAUAUUUUAUAAUUGACAAAAAUCCAUCAUUUAUGAGUUAGAAGUUCAUCAACUCCUUUUUAUUAUUAUUUAUUUAAAUGACCUAAAAGCCAAUGAGCAAACGCUUCUAAAUUAAAUGUACUGUCAGUUGCAUUAUUUGGUAAACCUUGCCAAAACCCUCACAUACAUCAAGAGCUGUUUAUAAAUUUAUACUCCCAGCCAAGUGUUUCCUGCCACACUUUCAAUAAAACAUACGUCAAUCCUA